AUGCCCAAGAAGCAGAACCCGCGCGCCAGAGGAGACCUCUUCGUGCGGUUUCAGGUGGACUUCCCCAAGGAGCUACCUGCCGGCACUAACCGGGACACCUUGAGGCCACUCCUGGAUCCCAAGGCGCCUGCAGAUGCGGAUGCGUCUCGCUGGUUCCCCUUCACCGGACCUGGCAAAGUGACCGCGGAGUCUGUGACCCCAAAGGAUCAGAAGAAGGUGGAGGCCAUCUUGGAGAAACAGAAGCUCGAAGCGCGUCAGGAGCGGCGCCGGGGCGGUUCCACGGAGUGCCAUACGCAGUGA